AUGAAGGUCGCAGAAAAUACCUCGUCUAACUUGGCAAUCACCAUCACUGUCGAGAAAGACGGCUUCUAUGAAGUCAACGGAACAAGGAAGGAGCCUACUGUUUCCCUCUAUAUGACAGCCGGGGCAUCCAAGCUCCGCCGGAUGCUGAGAGAAACAAACGACCUGAUCGUUUGCCCCGGCGUCUAUGAUGGUCUCUCUGCUCGGAUUGCCAUGCAGAUCGGCUUUAAGGCAAUGUACAUGACUGGUGCUGGCACUACCGCCUCGAGACUUGGAAUGGCAGAUCUGGGGUUGGCCCAAUUGCACGACAUGAAGACCAAUGCAGAGAUGAUUGCCAACCUGGACCCAUACGGACCCCCGUUGAUCGCUGACAUGGAUACCGGCUACGGAGGUCCCUUGAUGGUGUCCAAAUCCGUCCAACAGUACAUUCAGGCCGGCGUUGCAGGCUUUCACAUUGAAGACCAAAUACAGAACAAACGCUGUGGUCAUCUGGCUGGAAAGAAAGUUGUCGAUCUGGAUGAAUAUCUCACCCGAGUCCGCGCUGCCAAGUUGACCAAGGAGAGACUGCGCUCGGAUAUCGUCCUGAUAGCCCGCACAGACGCUCUGCAGCAGCAUGGGUACGAUGAAUGCAUCCGACGCCUUAAGGCAGCCCGCGACCUUGGCGCCGACGUCGGACUGCUGGAAGGUUUCACCUCCAAGGAGCAAGCCAGACAGGCAGUGCAGGAUUUGGCGCCGUGGCCUCUGCUCCUGAAUAUGGUUGAGAAUGGGGCUGGCCCUGUUAUCACCACAAAAGAAGCGCAAGAGAUGGGCUUCCGCAUUAUGAUCUUUUCCUUUGCAUGCUUGGCACCAGCUUACCUAGGGAUCAAGUCUGCACUUGAAAAUUUGAAGAAUGAAGGCUUGGUCGGGACCCCUGACGGUUUGGGCCCCAAAAAAUUGUUCGAGGUUUGCGGGUUGAUGGAUUCGGUGAAGAUAGAUACGGAGUCUGGGAGCAGUGGCUUUACCAACGGUGUCUGA